GAGCGGCUGCGAGGCGCCGAGCGAGUGGAACGAGCCCCGGGCCUCCCUGAGCCGCGGCCGCCGCGGAGCGCCCUGCCCGCGGUCCCAACAUGGACGAAGAGGGUGGCGGAGGUGGGGGCGUGCCUGAUGAUCUCUCCUUGGAAGAAAGAGAAGAGCUUUUAAAUAUUCGUCGCAGGAAAAAAGAAUUGAUUGAUGAUAUUGAGAGAUUAAAAUUUGAAAUUGCUGAGGUUAUGACUGAAAUUGAUAAUCUGACUAGUGUAGAAGAAAGCAAAACUACACAAAGAAAUAAGCAAAUAGCCAUGGGAAGGAAGAAAUUCAACAUGGACCCAAAGAAGGGAAUACAGUUCCUGAUAGAAAAUGACCUCCUGCACAACACUGCAGAAGACAUUGCACAGUUCCUUUAUAAAGGAGAAGGAUUAAAUAAAACGGUAAUUGGAGAUUACCUCGGUGAAAGAGAUGAAUUUAAUAUUAAAGUUCUUCAGGCUUUUGUUGAACUCCAUGAGUUCGCUGAUCUCAAUCUUGUACAAGCCUUAAGGCAGUUUCUGUGGAGCUUCAGACUCCCAGGAGAGGCUCAAAAAAUUGACCGUAUGAUGGAAGCUUUUGCUUCACGCUAUUGCCUUUGUAACCCAGGAGUCUUCCAGUCUACAGAUACAUGUUACGUGCUUUCAUUUGCCAUUAUUAUGUUGAAUACCAGCCUGCACAACCACAACGUGCGAGAUAAACCCACAGUGGAGAGGUUUAUCUCCAUGAAUCGUGGAAUUAAUGAAGGUGGGGACCUUCCAGAGGAACUGCUGAGGAAUUUAUAUGAAAGUAUUAAGAAUGAGCCAUUUAAAAUUCCAGAGGAUGAUGGAAAUGAUCUAACGCAUACAUUUUUUAAUCCAGAUAGAGAAGGUUGGCUGCUGAAAUUAGGAGGGGGAAGAGUAAAAACAUGGAAACGGAGAUGGUUUAUUCUGACUGAUAAUUGCCUGUAUUACUUUGAAUACACAACAGACAAAGAACCUAGAGGAAUUAUUCCAUUAGAAAAUCUUAGCAUAAGAGAAGUCGAAGACCCUAGAAAACCAAACUGCUUUGAGCUCUACAACCCCAGCCAUAAAGGUCAGGUAAUCAAAGCGUGUAAAACCGAAGCUGACGGCAGAGUGGUGGAAGGCAACCAUGUCGUGUACAGAAUAUCUGCUCCCACCCCAGAAGAGAAGGAGGAGUGGAUCAAAUCUAUCAAAGCAAGUAUCAGCAGGGAUCCCUUUUAUGAUAUGCUGGCAACAAGGAAAAGAAGAAUUGCAAAUAAAAAAUAGAACAUGAACAGCAACUUGCAGACCUGCAUCAACCUAUAACUGAACAUACUGUGGAGUGAUAGAAGAAAUUGGACAAACUAAAUGAAGAUAACUGUAAAUCUUAUAUAUAUAUACAUAUAUAUAUAUAUACACACAUUUUACUAUGGCAUAAAAACUUGGCAGAACUUUUCAGGGUAAAUAGUUACUGGUAUAUAAUUUGAAGUAAGCUUCAAUUCCCAGAGAAUUAUUAUAUUGGAACUUAAUUCAACUGAACACAUGGAAGCCUUGUUUUCACUUACAUUAGUGACAACUCCAGUUUACUUGGGCUGGGAGGGAAGGAGUGCAGGGCUAACACUAAAACAUCCUUACCUGUUACCUGAGCACACAUUUCCCAUAAAAGAAGGAGUUAUUAUAAGACUUUGAGUUCUCACUUAAGUGCAGCACCAACAGUGGAGCACAGCAUGACCUGGCACUGCAUUUUCCUAGAAGCAGAAACCUCACAGUCCCAGUGGCAGUUCUCAGUUGUGUGUGUUUCACAGAACCACCUGAGUGCAGCUUUCAUUCAGGGUUCCUCUCCUGCCUUUCUGGAAAUAGCUUUCCUUAGACACACAGUGGCUGGCAGCUCAGGGGGUACCUCUGGUGCCAGGGGGUUUGUCAGUGUGCACUGAAAUACAAAUACAGGCAGGCCCAGCAGCAGAGGCUUGAGGCUGUGGCCAUGCCAGGAAGUACCAGAUGUGGUCUGGUGUUUGCCAGUUGGCUAAAGCUCAUUCCUGUCUGCUCAUACACUCACAACAAACAAUAAGGUUUGAUGACUGGUUUAAUCUGCUUUUUAUAUAGUAACUUCCUUCUUAUGUGUGAGAUGCUGUAGUUUGAUUAACACUAAGUUGCUCCUAAAGGAGAGAUGACAGGGCUUGUGUGACUUCAGGCCUUGCAUGUGAAAACACCCCCAGAUAAUUUCACAUGCAUUCAGUGUUUUUAAAGGGAAAAGCCAGGAAGGUGAACUGUCCCUGUAAGAUGCAGCCCUAGAGAGUUAAGCCAGCAGGAUUCAUUCCUUUGCUUGAUAACAAACUUUGGACAUAGAGAGUUUGUGCAAGUUUAUACAAGUUCAGUAUUUUUAUUGCAUUCUUAAAGAUGAUUUUCAGAUUUGUGCUACAGCAGUUGGAAUUGAAAAAAAUAGACAUUUUUACUAAAAAAUAAAAUAUUGAUUGCCUGGUGCAGCUAGACUUCCCCACAGGCAUGUGUCUCUUUUUGAAACCUGUGAAGGUCCUGCUGCUGGAUCUUUCAGGAACACAUCACUGGCUGCAGCAGAUUUUACUCCAGUGCUUUUCUGUUGAUA